AUGACAUCGAAACGUCGUGCGGAAACACAAAAUGUUGGAAUUUAUAAUUGGAUUCGGAAUAAUUGGUUUAGCAUUGCACUGCUUCUCACCAGCUGUGUCCUAUUCAGCAUCGUGAUUAUUUUGAUACCAUCGUUGAUAUCACUAUAUCUUGCUGAUCACGGUGUUGCAAUUACAAAAUCUGAUCAAAAUUAUACGGAUCUAUGGGCAAUACGAUAUUUAACAAACGUAAAUAAUCUUCAUCAGAUUUCUACUCGUGCUGUUACUUCACCAUAUGAUAAAUCAGCGUUGGGUAGAGCCAUGGUUCCCGAUUACUUUUGA